AUGAGUUUGCAAUAUAGAUAUCAAAAAGAAGGAAUCCAUUUUGAAAUUAUUAUUAUGUUGUUGUUGACUGUAAGAUAAAGGGAUGAAUUAAAUUAAGCAAUACAUCAUAUCAAUUAAGAGCACAUAGGUAUUUAAGGUUGAGGCAGUUGAAGGAUAGAUAGAGUGAAGCUAAUUUAUUGGAAAAAAAUGGAAUUCUAUUGUAAUGUUAUCAAAAAAGAGUAAUAAAUUUGGAAUAGCAGGUAGAACAAUUGAAUGAAUAAUUAGCAUAAGCUGUCAAAUUACAAUUUAAUAAAUGUACAACAAAUAAAGUUAAGAUAUUGCUCAUGAUGAAAUAAAGCUUGAAGCUAAUAGAAAAAUUUUAAUUAGAAGGAAAUAGCAGAAAUGAAUUGCAUAACAUUUCAUCCCUAAUAUUAAAUACUGGAUUCAGCAAGUAAUGA